AUGUUCGCUCGAUAUAUUCUUAAGAGCGUCCACUUUGCCAGGACUUAUUCAUCAUACGUCAAGAUGUCUGUUAAAAAGACUGCACCGUACGGACAAUGGAGUAGUCCGCUCACCGCUGCUCGCAUGGCACAGUGUAGUAUCUCGCUCCAUGAGGUGGUUGUCGAAGAAGUAACGGGUACUAUAUACUCUGUCGAGUGCCACCCCACUGAGGGUGGCCGCUAUGCCAUUAUGGAGCACAUCAAUGGAUCAAAACGGGAUGUUUUGUCGCCUAGCUUGUCAGCUUUUGCCAUGGUCAAUGAACUAGGCGGUGGAUCUAUUGCAAUGAGACCCGGUGGAAAAAUCAUAUUUUCAGACGAGGAAUCACGCAAUGUUUAUCUCUUGGAGCCGGCUGCCAAGCAUGCCGAGCUCGUUCUCUCCGCUGCGGAAGGCCACCGAUAUGGAGACUUUUGUAUCCACAAAACAGAUCCGAAGUGGGCUCUUGCUAUCAAGGAGGAUCACCAGGAUGCUACACCAGAAACCCAGGCUACUGACGUUCAUAACACUCUAAUAGUAAUCAACCUAGAAACUGGCACUGAGACAACAAUCGCUCACGGAGACGAUUUCUAUUCACACCCAAAAUUUGACCCUUCUGGCAGGUAUGUUUCGUGGAUUCAGUGGACUCAUCCCGAUAUGCCAUGGACCGGAACUGUGCUUUACCUGGCCGAUUGGGUGGAUGGUACACUAGCAAAUGUCACCCGUAUCGCCGGAAAAUGGCAAGAGGAGAGCAUUGCUCAACCAAAAUGGGGACUAGAUGGACUGUUAUACUUCGCCAGCGACCGCAGUGGAUUCUGGCAACUGUUUUCCUUCGAUCCAAAGAGCCAAAAUUUGAAACCGCUCUUGUUGAAGGGCUUCGAAAACUCAGACUUCGCGGUUGCUGAGUGGGAGCUUGGAAGCUCAACAUACAUCUCUCUUGAUGAUACAACUAUUGUGGCAACGGCUAUUACUCAUGCUACUAGUAAAGUUGUUUUCAUCGACACAUCCACUUUGACAGUGCGAGAGCUGGAUCUUCCUUAUGUGGACGUUGAUGCAAUUUAUCGAGUAUCGGACACCUCGUUUGCGAUCAUUGGCGCUUCGGCCACUUUCCCCCAGGAGUUAGCGAUAGUUUCGAUCACACCUUCAUUUGAAGUGCAACGAACUGUCCUUACUUCUACUGUAUCAUUCGAUCUCCAGCCUGAAUACGUAUCUAUUGGGAACGAAUACACUGCCAAACAGAAAUACGGCCCCCAUCAUGACGGACAAGUACACAUGUUUUACUUUCCCCCAUGUAACCCCGAAUAUCAGGCAGAUAGCAAGAGCCUUCCCCCUCUGCUGGCCUACGUACACGGUGGGCCCAAUGGAUGUGUCAGUCCAGCAUUGAACCUUGAAUUCCAAUAUUGGACCACUCGCGGCUUCGCUGUCUGUGCAAUUAACUACACGGGAUCUACUGGGUACGGUCGUGAAUAUCGCGAACGCCUUUCUGGCCACUGGGGUCUUCUCGACGUAGGAGAUGCUGUCAGUGCAGUCGAGUAUCUUGCGGACCAAGGAUUGAUUGAUAAGUCCCAUGUCGGAAUCUACGGCGGUAGUGCUGGUGGAUACCUCACUCUACGAGCCUUGCACAUGUACCCGGAUGUUUGGGCAGCAGGAGUCAGCUCAUAUGGCAUCAGCGACGUAUCGGCACUGCAGGCUGACUCUUACAAAUUUGAAAGUCAGGAUGUGGAUCGUUUGCUGCUGAGCAAAACCGAAGCCAAGGACAGAGCUGCUGAGCUUAUAAAACGCAGUCCAUGCCAUUUUGCUGAUGAGAUCAAGGGGGCAUUGCUGUUGUUACAGGGAACUAAAGAUGUUGUGGUUCCUGUUGCACAAGCCAGGAUGAUGGCUGAUGCUAUGAAAUCCCAUGGAAGAUUAGCAGAUGUGGUUGUGUUUGAGGGAGAAGGACAUGGUUGGGUGGGAGAGAAGGCCAUUCGUGAAUCUUUUGAACUAAAGGACGAAUGGUGGAAACGCCAUCUGACUUGA